AUGGUUCAGGGACGACGAACAUCCUGCGGCCCGCAAAUUGCCGACUACCUCGAAGACGACAUCUGGGCCGCGAGCAUCCUAGAGUGUGACUCUGCUACCAACGGUGAACUGCUGCGGCAACUGGAAACCGGCUGUCGUCUGGAUCCGGACGCCUUCCGCAUGGAACGUCUUCAACGCAGGCGCAACUGGCGCACUGUAGUUAACAUGCCAAAGGAAACUCAGACCCGCAACCUGGGCUUCAGCCGAACAGGUGCCGAUUCCGAAUCCACUCUCACCGACACCACGUCACUCGGCUGUUCCGACGACCACCUAAUCUCCCCCUCCCCAUCAUCGUCUGGCUGUCCGACAUAG